AUGAAGUUCUUCCAAGCAUCGGCGAUAUGCCUCCUCACACUGUCAGGGCUCGUUGACGCUCGUGUAACACCAUACUGGAGCAAGCAGCAUUUGCUUGGCAAGCCCGAGGCAGCUGUCAAAGCUCACGAUCCAUAUAGCCCAAAGUAUCGAGAUAAGUAUGAUCGCAAGGUCGACUCUGAGGGUGAAGGUCUAGAUCCUCUACCAUACAGAAAUGGUGAUGGUACUUCUGUUCUCGGACCAUGGAACAGAGCUCGAAGCAGGCAGAAUCCAGAUCUUGUUAGACCUCCAUCUACAGAUCAUGGCGCCCUCCAGAACAUGAGAUGGAGUUUUGCGGACAGCCACAUCAGGAUCGAAGAAGGAGGAUGGACUCGUCAAACCACAAUCCGAGAAUUGCCUACCAGCAUUGAGCUCGCAGGCGUGAACAUGCGUCUCGACGAAGGUGUUAUUCGAGAACUUCACUGGCACAUGCAAGCCGAAUGGGCAUACGUACUCGAGGGCAAAGUACGCAUUACCGCGCUUGAUCUUGAGGGAGGGAACGCCAUCGAGGAGCUGGAGAAGGGCGACCUGUGGUACUUCCCACCUGGCCAUCCGCACUCCCUCCAAGGACUGGCACCAAACGGCACAGAGUUUCUCCUGAUCUUCGACGAUGGACACUUUUCUGAGGAUUCCACUUUCCUCCUCACAGACUGGCUUGCUCAUACCCCAAAGUCAGUUCUGGCUGAGAACUUUCGAAUAGCUCCGGAAGUGUUCGAGACAAUCCCCAAGUCAGAGAAGUACAUUUUCCAAGGCUCAAUGCCAGGUCCAAUCGAAAAGGAGCGUCCACAAGGUUCAGCCAAAAAUGGCAUCAAGAAGUCCAAAUUGCAAUUUACACACAAGCUGCUGGCUCAGGAGCCUAAAAACACGACUGGCGGUACCGUUCGCAUCGCUGAUUCCAAGACAACUUUCCCGAUUUCCAAGACUGUUGCUGCAGCCCACUUGACCCUGAAUCCUGGUGCUAUGAGAGAAAUGCACUGGCAUCCAACAGCAGACGAGUGGUCCUUCUUCAUCAAAGGUCGAGCUCGAGUGACCAUCUUCGCUUCUGAGGGCAAUGCACGGACUUUCGACUAUGGUCCGGGUGAUGUCGGUAUUGUGCCGAAGAACAUGGGUCACUUCAUCGAGAAUCUAAGCGAUGAUGAAGAGGUUGAAGUGCUUGAGAUCUUCAGGGCUGAUGAGUUCCUGGACUUCAGUCUCUUUGACUGGAUGGCAUCAACGCCAAGACGUAUGGUCGCCGAGCAUCUGUUCCAAGGUGACAAGGAGAGGCAGGAGAAGUUCUUGAAUGCUCUGGAGAAGGGUGUAGAGGAGGUCGGCGCUAAGGAUCCGAUCAGAUACGUACCGAAGGACGGAUAUACGGGAGAUGACGAGCUACAGGAGGAGUUAUAG